AUGGAACCUUUAAUAUUGGCACCGGAUACUAAUAUUACACAACCUUCUCAACCUUGUUCUACACGUUCACGAGCUGGCUGUCGGCAAUGCCGUCAACGCAAGAAAAAAUGCAACGAGCAGCGUCCUUGCUGUUCUGCAUGUAUAGCAAGGAAUUUACCGUGUAAUUGGUCUCGGGAACCUCGUGGUCCUUCGGCUGCCCGCCGAGACUCUCGACAAAACAACGACUUCGCCCUGCCCCAAGCGAUGGGCCUCCUUGUAAGCGUUUUCGUCACACCAACAGCACCGGUUCAGGAGAGAUUAUUGUCCCAUUUCGAUGCUAACGGCCCUUUAUGGUUGACGUCGGUCGGGAACGCCGAUGGGAGUUCCAAGCUCGUCAUCCCAGUCGCCAUACGGUGUCCUGCGGUUCUCAAUUGUAUACUGGCCGUCGCCGCUGGAGAUCUGAGCAAAUACCAACCAGCCAGCUCUGAAAUGACUAGCUUGACCUGCGGGUUUUAUGGGCAAGCCGUAGCUGGUAUUCGAUCAUCAAUAAGCAGCCAAGCUUCCUCCUCUGGCUCUCAGAACGCGCAAACUCGCAGAGAGGAUCUUCUCUUAGCCAUUAUCCUACUUUGUGUCCAUGAAAUCGUCAACUUCUCUGCUCCAGCUAGAAUAAUCCCUCACUUAAACGCAGCGGCAGCUCUGUGUCACAACUGUAGUGAUGGCAGUACCGUUUUUGAUCCACAUCUACAGGGGCUAAUGUUCGAAGUCUUCUACUACAUCUUUACGUUGACGGCAUUUUCCCAUGGACACAGCUUACCUCUACAGGUAACCUCGAAGAUCUUUACUUCUCCACUCCUCUCAGAGGAUCACUGCCAGGGCAUGCUUUUGGGACUACGGUGCCGCAGGGUAUUCCGAGCCAUCCUACAGAUAUCGAUCCUCAAGAGCAGUGGCGACCAGGCUAUUGAAACAAAGUUGAAGAUUCUCGAGGCUCAACUCCAUGAGCAACCCAUAUAUUCCGGUCAAAACACCGAAAAUGACUACACAGACGAAUUAACAUCAGAGCUAUAUCGCCUUACAUGCCUGAUAUAUAUCAAGAAGACUUUAAAUCCCAGCCUGCCAGAUUCGUCCGCGGCAGUCCAAAACCUCAUAGAGCAGUUCAUCUCCAUACUGAACACACUACCCUUGGCAUCCCCAGCCAAUAAUAUCUUAUGCUGGCCCUUGUUCGUGGCCGGCAUGUCUUCAAUACUCCCGUACCAUCAGCGACUCAUUGUCGGCAGACUGAGGAGAAACUACAAUUCUUGGUGGAGGUCCGAUAUCUUGAGCAAGACGGCGGACUUUUUGUCGAGAAAUUGGAGGUACCAUAAUGCAGCCCGAGAGAGUGACACCACGACUUCGGAAGACGUCAACGGCCAUGGAUGGGUUGAAUAUGGGAGGCAAGGAUUUGAGCUCCCAUUCGUUCUUGUGUAG